GCCAGCGCGCAGGAUCAUGGCGUGCCCGUGCCCGAGCCAGCGGCUCUCCUUCCGCUAGUAGCAGUAGUAGAUAAGAAGGAGAUGAGUAGCAGUGAGACGAGCGCGCAAGAUCAUGGCGUGCCCGUGCCCGUGGCCGAGCCUCAGCCUCCCGCAGCCGAGACCGAGGCCACGAGGAUGGCCGCCCUGGCGGCGCGCCGUGCUAGGCGCCGGCGGCGGGAGAUUUACCUGAUGAACGGCAUGGCGUCCUCGGGCGAUGGGGAGAACGCGUGGGCCAAGAGGGCUCGCCUGGCGCCCGGCGCCUCCGCGUCCGCGGGGUCGGCCAAGGUGGCGCCGGAGCCGCAGCAGGGGUCCGCGGCAGCCACGGCGGUGGCGGUGUGGCCGAAGAGCCUGUCGCACGGCGUGCAGUCCGUGAUCGGGCGGCGGCGGCGCAUGGAAGACAAGGUUGCCAUCGCGGCGCCGCUGCUGGGGGCGGCCGCGGCGGGGGAGGAGAAGGGCGGCGGCUGGGCGCCGGAGUUCUUCGCGGUGUACGACGGGCACGGCGCGGCGUGUGUGGCGGAGGCGUGCCAGGCGCGUCUGCACGUGGUGCUCGCGGAGGAGCUGGCGCGCCUGCACCUGGCGAACGGCGGCGGCGGUGACGCCGCCGCCGCGCGGUGGAGGGAGGCCAUGGUGGCCGCCUUCGCCCGCGUGGACGACGAGGUCGCCGCCGUCCAGAUAGCGACCAAGGACAGCACCAGCGCGGAACCGCACGGCUCCACGGCCGUGGCGGCGGUGGUGGAGCCCCGCCGCAUCGUGGUCGCCAACUGCGGCGACUGCCGCGCCGUGCUCUGCCGCGGCGGCAUCGCCGUGCCGCUCUCCACCGACCACAAGCCAGAGCGCCCGGAUGAGCUGGAAAGGAUAGAAGCAGCAGGUGGCCAGAUCAUCUACUGGCAUGGGCCCCGUGUCAUGGGGGUGCUUGCAAUGUCAAGGUCAAUUGGAGACUAUUUCAUGAAGCCAUUCAUGUCAGCUGAGCCGGAGGUGACGGUGACGGACCGCACGGACACCGACGAGUUCAUCAUCCUGGCGAGCGACGGGCUGUGGGAAGUCAUGUCCAACGAGUUCGCCUGCAAGGUGGCGAGGUACUGCCUGAGCGGGCGCGCGGCCGCCAAGUGCCCCGCGACGGUCGGCGGGAGCUCGGCCGGCGACGCCGCCGCGCUGCUGGUGGAGAUGGCGGCGGCGCGGGGCAGCGCUGACAACAUCAGCGUCGUGGUCGUCGAGCUCAGCCGCCUGGCGUGGAGGAAGAAGCAGGCUAGCGGCCAGCAGAACGGCAGGACGUAGCCUGAAGGCGUCCCCUCCGGCUCGUCGCGAUAUAUAUACAAGCAUGCAUGGCGACGGAGCGAGGGAGAAAAAAAAAGAAAGGAAAAUUCGCAGUAUGACGGGACGAAAGUGUGAACAAAAAAGAAGGGCUUUGAGAGCUGCUGCUCCUAUGCUGUGAUCUGAGAGUGUGUGUAGGAGCUAAAUACUCGUAGCUAGCCCGUGCCGUUGUAUUAUGCAUUGGUUCUUCGACAAACAUGCAUGUGGCAUUCCGGCUGAUGGAAAGCAUAAUUAUGCAUGAGAUGUUUUUUACUAAUUCUGAUCAUCUCGUUCAUGUCAGAUUACUAUCCUGCUGUUUUUGCUGAAGCAGAGAUGUUAGUUUUGGCUGUCAGACUUGCAGUUAGCAUCUUCGACGUACUCUUCGUCAGGCAGUGUCGAGAGUCAUAGCGCUAGGCCCUUUCCUUGAGAAAGUGCA